AUGAAGGACCCCGUAGAGAAGAGCGAGAAAGAUCCCGUGCAGAUAGUGAAGCAGUUGCUCCGGACGGUUGUCCGCAUGUUCUACGAGACAGAGCACAUUGUAAUUAUGGACGCCCUAUGCUACCAUGGUGCUCUCUCUAUAUCUGAUAUGACCAUCAUCCUGGACGCUGGAAAAAACUCCAAACAUGUUAGCAAGGUCGUCGGUAAGCUCAAAGAAGCAGGUUUGUGUAGAUCCUGGACGCAGCAAAUCCUACGUCAAGGCGCAAACAAGCAAUCGAGUCGAGACUUCUUCUACAUUGACUGGCGCCGGGGUGUUGAUGCGGUCAAGUACAAAAUCUACAAGAUCGACGAGAGCAUCAAGAGGGACGCGAAACCGACGACGGAGAAAGCAGAGUUCAAAUGCCUGCGCUGCAAAUCUACCUACACAACCAUGCAAGCGCUCAACAUGCCCGAUCACAACGCCGGCCCAGACGACAGCGGAUUUCUUUGCGCCCGUUGCGAGUUCCGACUCGAAGAAAUCGACCCCGAUGCCCAGGCAGAUGACAUUGACGAUACCCCGGCCAAAUUCAACAAGUUGUUCGGCCCACUCAUCGAGACCAUGGCACAACUAGAGCAAAUGGGCAAGCUCCCAGCCGUCGAGCCUUCGGACGCCGUCAGCGAGAGGAUUGAGCUUCCGCGCGACAGGACUGUCGACCCUGGUACGCAGGUUGAGGUCGUUGAGCCGUCGGCUGGACGUCCGACGGCUGUCAAAGGCAUCGACACAGGCCCCGAAAAGAUCAGCGUGCAAAUUGGAUCAAGCGCGGAACAGAAUGAGAAGCAACGAGCGGCAGACAAGGCUCGCCAGGAGAAGAUUGCCAUGCAGAAUCAACUUCCGAGUUGGCACACAAAGUCAACUGUCGUUAAAGAUGAAACAACUACGGUCAAGCAAGAGGAUAAUAACGGUGAUACUCCCAAUAUCAAAUCCGAGACAGGCGAAACGAUAGGCGGUAAUCAGAACCUCGAUGCAGUCUUCGCGCAAAUCGAGGCGGAGCGCCGUCGUAAGGAGCAGGAGGAGGAAGACGAUGACGACGAUGACGACGAUGAGUUUGAAGACGUCGAUGUUGGCACGCCGAGCGCGCUUCCAGAUGCGAAGCGUAUAAAGGUGGAAAGCUCCGCCGCGCCUACCCCUUCAGCCGCAGCCACACCAGCUGCAGUAACCCCAGCCGCUUCAAAUGGAGGGGACGAGAGCGAGGAAGACGAGUUUGAAGACGUCAAGUGA